UCAAUGUUUAAUAAUAUAUUACCCAAAGACAUCAACGCAUAUGCGGUCACUUCAUCAAAACCUGAUCAAGAUAGUUACUUUUUGACUUAUGAUAAAGAAUUGGGCACAUAUAUUAGCUCACUAUUUGCCGACACAUGGCUUUCGAACGACGAAACCUCAAAUCUUGAAACGGAAACAUUUGAUCAACAAUACGAGUAUUUAGUCGAAAAGACAAAGAAUUCACAAAAUGCACAACAUUAUGGUGAUCUUAGCCUGGGCAAAUUGCACGUGGCUGAAUUUUUAGGCCAUAAAUCAAGCGGUGUGUUGAAUGAUCGUGCUGAUACACAUGUGCAGAACAAUGAAACUGUCAGCAAAUGGGAUGUAGAACUAAGUUUAGUACAAAAGCGUAUUAAUGCUGCUAAAGGAACCAACGAGAAAUUAGGACAUGUGGAAGACUUGAAAAAUCUAUUGAAUGGCAGACAAUAUGUUGAUAAACACAUCAAUGAUUACGUGAAUAGUGUUCAACACUUACUGACAGUCGAUAGCAAUGCUAUUCUAAACACUAAACAAGAGCUCAAUAAUAGACAGUGUUAUCGACAACUUGUCGACACAUUCAGCGAAAAUUGUUUUGAUUUGACACAAGAUACUUACGUUUUACGCAAAUUACAAGUAUUUGUAAAUAUUUGCGAAACAAUGCGUGAAUCGAGUGAUGCGGACAUCGCUGUCAACCAAUUGAGACAACACUGCAGUCAAUACACUGACAAACAAUUUGGAUAUAUUUUAUAAAAUAUGAAAUAUAGCUGAACUAAAAAUAAUAAU